GAGAGCUUCCCUUUGGGAAGCUGCCUGGCACAGGCAGAGGGGCAGGAUGCUCCAGAGAGGGAAUUGCACGGGGUGAGAUGGAUGAUGGACAGCAGCACCACCAGGGAGAGAGAGACAGAGGGGGAGGAACAGCGCAGAAUCCACAGUCAGGGAGUCCGGGAUGGGAAGGGGGAGAAGGAGGGAGAUUGGCUCGUACUGAGGAACAGAAUGAUUUUCCCCUCUCCUUCUUGAACUCUAAAACUUGAAACACCAAGAGCACUGUGGAUUUAUGCUUUUACAGAUCACUGUGGUCCAGACUUUGAAAUAAAAGGAGCUGUGGAGCUCUAGGGGGGAUGCUCUAUACAGAGUUCAUUAAGGCUUGAAAAGUGUACAGCCUUGGUAAAAUGAAGGUCCUCAACAGCAGCUGUUUUGCUCUGCAGAUCCACUGCUGUGGGUCUGUGCUACCUAGGAAGGCACUUCACUGGGCAUGAGUGGGAUGGCAACAGAUCACAACAAUUCUUCCCAGGAAGAACACAUCCCACACUAUCUUCAAAAGGAAGAUCCCUUUGCAUCAAAGCUCUCUAGAGAAGCUGACAUCAUAGCUGGCUUUUAUUUGACAAUAAUUGGGAUCCUUUCAACUCUGGGAAAUGGGUAUGUUAUUUUUAUGUCCUCAAAGCGAAAAAAGAAGCUGAGACCUGCUGAGAUAAUGACUGUUAAUUUAGCAGUGUGUGAUCUGGGCAUUUCAGUUGUAGGCAAACCCUUCAGCAUCAUCUCCUUCUUUUGCCACCGCUGGAUGUUUGGGUGGAUAGGCUGCCGCUGGUACGGGUGGGCUGGCUUCUUCUUUGGCUGUGGGAGCCUCAUCACCAUGACAGCUGUCAGCCUGGACAGGUACCUGAAAAUCUGCCACCUGUCCUAUGGUACCUGGCUUAAGAGACAUCAUGCAUUUAUCUGCCUGGCAAUAAUCUGGGCCUAUGCUACGUUCUGGGCUACAGUGCCUUUUGCUGGGGUGGGGAACUACGCUCCCGAGCCCUUUGGGACCUCCUGCACUCUGGACUGGUGGCUGGCACAGGCUUCAGUGGCUGGACAGGUUUUUGUUCUGAGCAUCCUUUUCUUCUGCCUCCUGUUCCCAACUGCAGUGAUUGUGUUUUCCUACGUCAAAAUAAUUUUAAAAGUCAAAUCAUCCACCAAAGAAGUUUCUCACUACGAUACCAGGAUUCAGAACAGCCACAUACUGGAAAUGAAGCUGACCAAGGUGGCAAUGUUGAUCUGCGCAGGGUUCCUCAUUGCCUGGAUCCCUUACGCCGUGGUCUCGGUCUGGUCAGCCUUUGGACGGCCCGACUCGGUCCCCAUCCCGUUCUCAGUGGUACCAACACUGCUUGCAAAGUCAGCAGCCAUGUACAACCCCAUCAUUUACCAGGUCAUUGAUUGCAAGUUUGCCUGCUGCCGGCCGGGAGGGCUGAAGGCCAAGAGCUCUCUGAAGAAAUCAAGGACAUACACAAUAUCUGCACAGAGGGACUCCACAGCCAUGAAUGAAACCCAGCUGGAAGCAUGAGGGCUCAUCUCACCUACAGCAAAUGAAAACCUGGUGACAAACAACCCUACGGGCUCAAGUUCCUCUUUCUGUAAAUGAAUUAAAACAUAGUGAUAGGUUUCUUUUACUCCCUAUUCCUACAAUGUACAGUUCUUUCCAUCCUGACCAAAAUAGUGUGUUAGAGUUGGGCAAAUAUUCUAAGUACUGAAAGGAAGAAGAAACAGAAAAAAUUUGUGUUUAUUAAAAUUUUUUCUUCACUUGAGAUGCUUUAAAAUGCCCUUUUUUUUUUUUUUUUCUUAGCACUAAAGAAAUGAUAGUUUGGGCAAUCUUUUCCCUCAGGGGAAGGAAAGUAUUCAUAAAGACUAGUUUUGGUUUACCAAAGCUAAUCUCCCUAAAUUCCUGCUGCAGUCACUGGAGACCUGGAGCGUGAGAGAAACGAUUCCUUAGAGGAAAAAUCUGAGUCAGAGCUUAAUUUCUCAGGGCUCUGAAUUACACAUUGGGGAAACAUUAGCUGACUGGAUUUCCCUGGUGAGCAUCUUCCCAAAUCAUGAGUCUACAAGCUGUGUCAACCCGCUUUGACUUCAGUCCUUCAAUAUUCAGAAACAUUUUGAUUUUAGUCAUGGCAAAGUCAGAGGUGCCACAUUCAUACACAGGAUCACUUUACGAGAUACAGAAUAACAAAUCCUUACUCAAUUGUGAACGAGAGGGGAAAGGUCUCUUGCUCAAAUUGUAGAUUCAUUAAGGAGAUAUGAAUAACUUUGUAAUAAAAAAGUGGAACUGAAAUGAAGUCAGCCCAAGAGAAACUGAGCAAACCAAUAUUUUACACAUUUUUAUCAUUCUCUGGCCAAAAUUACAAUGAAAUAUGAUGACAAUAAGCAGAAAGAUUUUUCACUGUGUAUUUUACUUAUCCCAAUUCUUUAUCAGAUCAAUUAAUGAGAUAUAAAAUGGCAAAAUGUUCCUCAUUCCAAACCAUGAAACCAGAUUCAAAACUGGUGUGUUUGUGAGAAGGGUCACAACACUGGUGACAGAGGAGUCUUUCCAAAGUGCAGCUGCAGAUUAAUUUUUAAACACGAAGUCCUGGAAGGAUUACGAUUAGUCACUACUUAAAAGAACAAAGUUCUGUAAGUUCCUAACACAUUCAACAGAAAAACAAUGUGUCUUGGAACAGCUUGCAGAGUAAGGCAGCUGAAACAGUUGUGUUGGAUAGGAAGCAUAAUUAUUCCUAUUAUCUCCUUUUCUCUCCUUUGGAUUUAUCUUAAGGUGAAGGUAUCACUAUAGAUCAAAAAUUAGCAUUUCAGAAAAAGCAGAUUUUUAAUGCUUAAAGUAAUGAUUUUGAUGUUUUUGUGUAAUUUUUGAAGAAUCAUAUGAUUCUAUUAUAAAAAAGUUAAUUGCAAAUCAAAGAGUCUCCCACACAGAUUUAUGCUGACUGUGAAAAAAAGACAAAGUUACAAGGGCAAAGAUUUCUUCUGAGUUUUUCCUUUAAGGAAAGAAAGCAUUAGUGAAAGAGUUUAAAUUACUUUCCUGUUUAAUAUUUUCUGAUUGACAUUAAUUUAUUCUACUGUUAUUUCAGAAUUGUGUUCAACAUGCAUUUCCUGCCACACUGAACUGAACUCCUUUUGUAGCUGAUCCAUGGUGAUGUUAAUAUUGCUUUAUACAAUAAUGCCAUAAAGGUUUAAUCUGAUGUUUGUUGGCAUGUCCCAGCACUCCCAUUCUGCAGUUGCUGUUUUACCAAAUCAUAUUCAGACCAUAUAGCAGAAGUAGAGUUCUGUUGAAUUUUCCUAAAGUAUUGAUUCCUUUUCUGCAAUGCUUCAGCAAAAGAAGUUAGAAUAAAAACAAAGAGAACUUGCAGAGGUACAAAGAGUUGCCAUGUUACCUAUCCAUGGUUUUGUGUUAAUUUUUCCCCAGAAGUUGACUUCUUUCAUUUCUGCAGACCUUUCAGCAUAAGACCAACUCAUUCCUUAACUAUAGUUGCAAAUUGAGUCCACAAAUUGAUCCAGAGCAGAAGGCAUCUUUUACAAUAUCUGCAGACUUGGUUAUGAAGAUAUUAACAACCUUGCCUGCAUUAUCCUGCAGCUUUUAUUAUUUUUUCCAUCCAGGCAAACGUUUUUUUGUAUCUAUAGGUGUUUAUCAUAACUGAGGCGUGAUGCAAAUCAGACAUACAGUGGCCCUAUAAGUGAGAUUAGCUGGAGCACUGUUGGUAAAAUUGUAGGAAUUGCUCAAUACUCUGGCCAGAUUUAGGGGUAGAUCAACUCACAGUUUGUGCAUGAACCUUUCUUCUAAUUCAAAUUGGGGAGGCUUUUCUCUUUAUUUAUUAAAAUUAUGCACUUCCCUCAGAAUUGCUGCUGGAUCAUUCCAGAAGUGGAUACACACUUGUGGUAGGGCUAAAUCUUAUAUUUUUAAAGAGUGUAAGAUAUUUUUGGAUUCCACUAUAGCGAAUGGACUAGAUAUAUGUGCUACCUAAAGAAUUCAGAAGUUUAAUAAACUCUAAAUAUGAACUUCCAGAAUAAUGACAAACAUUUCAUAUGACUUAAAGCUAUUUAUUUUCAUAUUAUUUAAAUUUAUUUAUUUCUUUAUUCAAUGUCAUAACUAUUUUUUUCUGAAAACUCAGUUUUUCCAUGACUGAACAGUAUCUUGCUCCAGGAGAAACUUCAGGAGUCCAGCUUGUGCAGGAGUUAGAGAAAGUUUAUGCUGAGCAUGUGUUCAAGUGGAAGAUGUUCCCCUGAAUCAAGCAGGACAUGCACAUUUCAGCAUGCAGUGCUUAAUUUAAAUGCAGAAUCUGAACCUAAGAGCAAAUGGAUCUCAUUGGAUUCAAUGACAAAAGAGAACUGGAGCACUGUCUUUGUUCUCCUGUAUAUAAAGCAGCUCACAAAAUUUCUGCUCUGUUUGGGAUCACAGUGGUAGAGGAAUGAGGGCUUUUAUUAUGGAUUCAAAUUUUCAAGGUCAGCUUUGAAUUGAUUUGAAGGUUGCAGCCAGAUAGUUCUAAAGAUAAUACUUUGCCACAGGUGCUCAGGACAGAAUUUCUUCCUCUUCCUGUGUUGAGGCUGAUAAUUGAUUAUUAUAUAAAACUGAGAUAUGUAAGCUCAGUCUGAGGUCAUCAAAGACAAUCAAUCUCUCACUUUCCUGUUCUAGAAAACUUCUAAAUGUUUUACAAAUUUCAAACUUUUGCCAUUUUAUGAUCUGGGCUUUGUCAAAGCACCAACAGUAUCAAACCUGCUUGGUGUGAUGAAUGAGUAAGGAAUAAGACUCUGAAGGAAGAUUUCUUUAUUGCAUUUUCAAUAUUUCAUCCUCCUUGUUAUAUUAAGAAUUUUCCUCUUUUUAUGUAUAAACAUAAAGCUAAAUGUUUUUUCAAUGAAAAUCGUGCCAUCAAGGAUAAUAGCUAUAAAUGAGGAUCUUUUAUUAUGUAACCUUUGUGUGCAUUCAGGCCAACAUGCCAAGAGGCAAAAUUCUAUUUGAAUUCACUGUCUAUGACUUGGAAGGAAGUAAUUGACACAGGCUAAGACUCCACUUAGAUAAUGAGGUGACCUGGACAGCAAGACUGAGAGUAAGAGAGUAAUGAGAGCAAUACUGUAUUUUGAAGUGACAGUGGAAUUAUGCAAAGCAUGUGGAUAUGGAAAUUUUUUAUUUGUCAUUUUCAGUCAUAGAUGAUGAAUGACUAUAAACCUUCUUCUGAAGACUUGGAAAUCUGUUGACAAUGAAGAAAUAUCAAGAUUUAAAAUGCCUGAAGAGACUCUUGAAGUAGGAGAUUCAGACAAAGUUUUAUGAUGGAAGUUGAAAAAAAUUAAGUACUAAAAAUGUAAGUUAUGGUUGUGGGAUUUUGGAAGAGAGUAGGGAGCAUUUGUCCAUGCAGAUGAGUGCAGCUGUAGCAAAUUUUAUUUCUAUACCUGUAAUAAAAAUGAAAAGACUCUAACCCAACAAGUGAUUUGUUAAAAAUAUUUAUUACCCACAGCACAAGACUGCUGAUAGCAGAAGAUUUUUGGCUUUGUGGCAUCGAAAGUGAAAGAGAAAAUUGAUGUGUCCUCAUGCAAAGAGAGUGUGAUUAAUGAAUGACAGGCACAAUGAUACUGAAUUGGAUUCCUUGGUGGAACUUUUCUCUUGGCUGACAAUGUUUUUUAGAGCUUGUCCCAUCUCCACUGUGCUGGGUGUUAGUCAUGAGAAUCAUCCUGAAUAGCUGCUAAAUGACCAGACUCUUAUUUCCCCUGUAGUUCUACAUUAUUCAUGUUGUGUUUGUGUUUCUACCUCUUCUUCCCACCAGGGAACUUUCAGACACAUCAAUCUGUAUCCCUCAGGAAAGCAGCUUUGGCAUCUUUUCAGUCACAUUUCCCAGCUCAGGAUGUCCCCACAUGAGUCUCCCCCUGGGUAAGAAACUCUUGACAAAUGAUGUUCCCCAUAACACCAAUUUCUCUUCUUCCCUCCUCUCAAGGAAGGUUUGGUUGGUUCCCUCCACAUUUGUAUUUCCCAAGUUUCACAGGCCUUUGCAGGUCUCUGGGCCCAAGGAAGAACAUUUAGAACAUUCAUUUAUCUGAAACUAGAUUCUCUGGAGAGCUGCUGAUGAGCACCACCAUUAUCAUCACCGUGUUUGCACAUGUUCUGGAGCUCUUGUGCAUCCCAUAGUCACAUUUUUCUUAUCUACAUGCCUUACUUUUCAGUUUGGCUCCUAUUCUCCUUCACUUGGAGCAUGGCACACAUGGUGAGGGCUGUUCUUGUAACUGGAAUGAUCUUCACUUCCCCAGUUACGCCUGUUUCAAUUUGCAGCUGGGGGAGAGGGUCUUGGACAUACAAACCAGAGCAAAACCUUUUGAAAUGCAAGGUGGAGCUACAGAUUUUCAUGCUCUCCUUACUUCUGAACUUACAUGGAUGCUCCAUUAGUUUUGAAUAAAGAGCCUUUUCAGUCACUGACUGCAGUUUUGUGUCUCAGCUGGGUAAAAAAGAAAACCCACCAGGUUUGUUAGAGAUCUAUUCUGAGAGACACAGUAUCAAAUCAGGUGACUGCAACAAAUGAAUGAAAGUCCUUGAUAAAGCUUUCCCUGAGUCAGUAAGGUGGUCAUUGGUCUGUAUUUUGAAGACAACACCCAAAGGGAAUUUUGGGAGUAGAUCUCCUAAUCUUUGUGGAAUAUAACUAAUAAAUUUAUGAAAUGACAAGUGAACAUCGCACUGACCAAAACCUGAACUCUCUCAGGUAUGGAUGGUGGAUACAUGUGUGGUACACAAUACAUUUUAAAUGAUAAAGAACGUUUACAUAGCAUCAAGCAUAAUCUUACAUUAGUGAAAAUAUGAAACAUUUAGAAAAGAGGUACAAAAAUAGAGAUUGGAAGACGUUUUUUAUUUCUAAAAGGGGCUAUGCAGAGGCUCAGCAUCUUAAAAUCAGAGGCUGGUUUGAAAGUCUUGCUCUUUCUGCACAAAUCUUGCAAAACAUGUCAAGGAAGGGAUCUUACCUUAGGGCUUUGAUUUCAUGGAGGCAGUCUGCAACACCAAAAAGUGCUUCGCUGGAGCACCUGAAGAUCCUCAUUCCUGAAUUAAAAGCCAUUGUCUGGGAUUUAUCAGUGGGUGGAGAACCUGCCUGUCUAUCUGCAGUUCAGGUCCCCAAAGCUAAGGGAAGCUUUAGAGAAAGUGUAACAGGGAGAGAACAAUGAUAAUGGAUAAGCAACAGACACUGAGGUGAGGGAGUGACAGGGUUAAGCAAAGUAGUUUAAAAGAGGAAAAAGUCAGAGAAAAUGAUAUCAGUCUCUAAAUAACUUCGAGGAAAUAAUAAUGUAAAUGAAAGAAGGGAGUUAUUUGCAGUCUCAGAAGGUGACAGAAUGAGAAAUCAAAGCUGGAAGCUAAGGCAGGAAAAGCUGGAAUGGGACUUUCUGAACUACAGGAGCAUCCGACUUUGGAAGAGGUCUGAAGGGGAGAAGUUGGAGCAUGAUUAACUAGAUACUCAAGAAUAGAUUAAGUAAUCUACUAACAAAAAUUGUUAACAAUUGGCAAUAUUUCUGAACAGUCAUUUUUAGUCCUGAUAUCUGAAUUUCUGAGCAUUUUCCUAAUUUAAACACUAGUAGGAGUUCACCUUAGGAGCUGUCUGUGCUGCUGAAGCAAUGAGUGCUGACCUUGCUGUACAGACAGCUGGAUGGUUUACACUGGAACUGGCUUCAAAAGAUCCCUCACAACGUGAAACUUCACUUCUGAUGAAGUGAUUUCAAAAUCCAAAGUUGGUGCAAUGCAGUGUCAUGUGCAGAUGCAGAGUUAAACUUUAUUAUGAAAGAAGAAGCUUUGCUUUCACAGUUAUUAGAUGAGAUUCUCAGAGAGGUAUCAUUCUGCAACACUUGCAGUUCAAGCUGAAAUAAAGUGCUGUAAUUAUUGCCAUGGACAAUUUGUUGGAAUAAAAUAUUUUCAGCUGUGCUAUUUAGCUUUUGAGCACAUGAUAAUAAAUCUGGAAUCCCAGAGUCAUUAAAUUAAAAUACACCAAACAACCACAGGGAAAUUACAUGAGAAAAUUACCUUCAGCAAAACAUAUAUUAGUGGUUUGUGAUCUACAUUUUCAUUCUUAGGAAUUAUAUUUCUAAUAGAGUUGAAUUUACAAAGAUACCAAGAGACUUUUAGUGAUACUGACCCAAAAAUAACUACAAUAAGAUUGUUAUCUCAAAGCUUAGGUGUACUAAUUGUAUAGAAAUAUAUUUCUGCUAUUGAAGGUGUGUGCUAUUAAGAAAUAAUUUGAAGUGUAAUUUUUUGUGUAAAUGUGCUGUAUUUAUUGUUUCAGUUUGUGGGCAGUAGGAUUGUAUUCACAUUUAGUGUCCUGAUACUGGUCUAUGCUUAAUACUGUAGAGCAAGAAAUCACAGAUAUGUAUUAGAUAGAUUUCUGUUCUGUUUAGAGGAUCAGACUCCUUCCUGCUGAAAAUAUAUGCACACCUGCUUGGAAGUCCAUGGUUUACAUCUCUUUCCAGUUUCUAAUGUAAAAAAAGGAUCUUGUGUUUCCUUUGCCUUGCUCAUCUCCCACCACAGCAGCCUCAGCAGCCUUUUUGGAGUUGCACCUGGUUAACAAAACCCACAACAUGGAGUCUGGUACAUAGGGAAAAGGCAAAGUGGGGAAAAUGUGUGCUCUUUUCUCAGUUGAAGAUGAGAUAAACCAGGUGCAACCCCACCAAAAUCAGGGUAUUUCUCUGAAACCGUGGUAGAAAUUAAAGGAGAAAAUAUCUUUUCAGUUUUAUGGGGCCCAAGCAAUGCUAGAUGUACUGACCACUCUCUGGGAGCUGGUUCUCCAACUCUGCUGUAAACAACUAGACCUUGAGCUAAGAUGGUCCUUUUUGCUAAGGACACCAGUAGGUCUGCACUGAAAAUUUAACUUGGCUGGUAGCACAAAGGUGAGGAAGGCUGAAGGCCACUUUGCACCUGGCUUUGAGUGAUUUUGGCUUCCUUCAUGUUCUGCUUCAUUAUAGUUAUUAAGAGAGGCACUUGACCUUCCCAGUGACCCACUGGAGAACACAGCUGAAGUGUCAGUCACAGCAUGCUGGUGUUGUAAGCAACAUUCAAAGCCGUAUGAAACUAAUAUAAAACUUCCUAGAAUAUUUAUCACUGAAUUUUUUCAGCAUGUUGGAGCUCAAAGUGUAAUGGAGGAUGUGAGUAUGGUGAUUAAUGAACCUCAGAGGUCAGAGCAGUGGGAGAGUUCAUUAGCUACUAUGAUUUUGUAACUCAUGGUAUAAAAUUAAAUUGUUUAUGUCCAUCAAUGUUUCCAACACAUUGUGUGUCAGUGCAAUGUCCUGGAACUGCAAUCACCAAUGUAAGAGAAAAUUUAUGGAGCGAGCCUGUAAAUAACUGUGUAAGUUCUCAAGUGGUGUUGCUGAGUUAAUAUGUUAUUAAUAUAUAACACUGUGUUAUGAAGCAGUAAAUAACCUCACUUACUGGCUGCACUUAACAUCAGGGGACACUUUACUGUCACUGUGUUGGUAUAACAGUGGUGAUUUUAAAUUUUCUCUGCCUUUUUUAUUCCCCUAAACACACAACCAGAUGGAUGACAUCAUGGGCAGACUUUAUUUUCUGCACUUUGUUAUCUGAAUGUGCUUUCAAAUAAAGCAAGA